AUGAAGGGCGAGAAACGCAGAAAUUAUGACUCUUCACGUUUCAAGGAGGCUUUUAUGAAAGUUAUAAAGGAUAAUUGGUCAGUGUACAAGGCGUCGAAGGAAUAUGGCAUACCGUGGUCUACUUUGAGAAGACACAUAGCUACUCAUGGAGGUGAAAGUUUCGACUUACCUAAACUUGGGAGACCAUUUACAUUAGACAGCGACCUUGAAUGUAAGUUUGUUUCCUACAUAAUUAAAAUGCAAGAACUAGGAUUUGGUCUCAGCGUCACAGACAUCAAAGCUAAAUGUUACGCUUUAGCAGUCCAAGCAGGAAAAGAUCACCAGUUUAACGAUGCUAAACGUAAAGCUGGGCCUUAUUGGUGGUGGUCGUUUAAAGAACGGUACGGGCUUUCAUUGCGCACGCCAGAAAAGCUUGCAGCAUGCCGAGCUGUUACUGCUAACAGACAAAACAUUGACGAUUUUUAUAAAAAGCUACUGGACGUCGUUAUUGAGCUGGAUAUUCUGCAAAAGCCUGAAAGGAUUUAUAACUGCGACGAAACCGGUGUAACGUUCGUCGUAAAACCGUCAAAAAUUGUCACUCAAACUGGAAAGAAGCUUCAACAUCCAACGAGUGCUCCAACAAGGCUUGACUUUUGUCGCCUAUUAACACCAGCCUACGAGCAUGCAUUUCAGCCGUCAAUAAUUAUGAACGGCUUUCGAAAAACUGGCAUUGCGCCAUUUGAUCGAAAUGCCAUAUCUGAUGAAAGUAUUGCCCCAUCAUUGAUGCAGCCAAGUGACCUACAGUCACAGAAUAUUGAAUCUUCCACUGAUAAUGCCCAAGCUUCUGCUGUCAAUCGUGAAACUGCGUCACCUUCAGUUUUCUCUUUACUUUCCGUUCCUGAGGUACCACAGUCUUCUUCUUCUAGUACCCGACGAGCUAAGCGGAAUCCACAGGCCCGAUAUUUAACACCUCAAAGCACGAACAACAUGGACAGUCCUAAAGAAAACAUCGUCGCCAUAUCAAACGAAACCACAGUCGCCGUUACCAGUGAGGAGACCGUUACCUCGAUUCGUGUCCCCUCUGCUUCUCCAACUCCUGGACCUUCAACUGAAAGCAACCUGAAGCGUAAACUACCAAGAGUCAAGGUAGAGAAAACACCAAAAUCAAAUAAAAGUACGAUGUGUGACUAUUGCGGUGUUCACUACUCCCAAGAUGUGGCACUUAGGAACGGAGCUGUAUGGGUAGAGUGCAUGAGCUGCGGCAAAUGGUACCACCAAGAAUGUACUGCCACAGAGUCGCCACAGUUCCUGUGUGAUAAUUGUGAUAAAGUAGACUUUUCAGGCACUGAUGACAGUGAUUGGGCACCUGAAUAG